AUGAAGGUGGUGGUGGAUAUUGUAGCACAGAAAAUGCCAUCUGAAAAUGAUGUUCAUAUGGCGAGAAACUAUCUUAUGAAGAUCUUAAGAAAUUCCAUGAGUUUCAGAAGAAAUGACCUAGCCUGCAGGCCUCACUCCUGGCAUGCAACCAAAUUUACAGAAAGUCAACCUGAGACAGCCACGUCACACCUUUCCUCAUCCAAUGCCUGCUCUUCCUGGCACUCGCGCUAUCAUGCAAGCUGUUCUUCUCAUGACCUGUCAAACUCAUGGGAUCAGUCAAGUCUACAUCGCACUUCUGACCAAUUCAGCUCUUUGGGAAGUAUGGACAGCUGGGACCACACUCCACAAGUAGCCCAGUAUGGAAGACUUUCUUCUGCAAGGUCUAAUAGUAGUAUUGAUCAUCUAGGGAGCCAAAGUAAGCGGGAUUCAGCCUACGGGUCUUUCUCCACGAGUUCUAGCACCCCUGACCACACUCUAUCCAAUGCAGACACUUCUUCAACAGAGAACAUGCUGUACAAAGUAGGCCACUGGGAGACUGCUAAGCAUGUGAACAAAUCUGGCCAAUUCUUGAAUGACAACAGUGGAACAGAGGACAAACAUGGGUAUAUGCCAGCUCCCAUCCAAUACGAGAACAACAGAAGUCCUAGAAUAGAGGAACAACCUGAUGGCAAGCUCACUAGCUCUGGAAGAUCCAGUUUUGGACCUGUCUGGUAUGUUCCUGAUAAGAAGAAGUCUUCAUCUCCUCCCCCCCCACCUCCACCUCUUCGUAGUGACAGCUUUGCUGCUACCAAAGGCCAUGAGAAAGCCCAUGGCCCUGUGUACUCAGAGGGUGCCAGCACGCAGCACUUUACAGCCCUGAACCGGUCUCAGCCCAGGAGUGACUGGAACUUGGAAACUGUGGAGCAGCAGCGACGGCCCUCCAGAGCAUGUGACAGGAGGGUCAGUAGCUCAAAUUAUAAACCUGAUCUCAGUUCAGAACACACUUUUCCUUCAACUGGUGAAAGGUACAAUAGUAAUGCAGGAACAGUGAAUAAACUGCAGUCGUCCUUGUCCAGCACUGAUGUUCGGUUUGCACAGCCUACUUACAGUUACCACCACCAGCACCAGUACAGUGAUGAAAGCACUUUUAUUCACAAUGCAAGAAUCUUAGCUGCGCCUAAAGAUCAGCAACAUUAUCUGUCCUAUAGUGGCAUUCGGGAGUUACCUACAGAUCAUUUUCAUGGCUACAGUCCAAACCCAGCUAGUCUGCUCAACACUUCCUCUUCUUCGAAUAGUACUGCUGAACAGAAGGUGGACAACACUGGACAGAGUCGUUAUUAUUGCGUGACAGCAAAACAGCCUGCUCAGGGAAGCUCAAAGCCACUACAACUCAAGGAUGACAGCUGGAAACCUGCAGUGGGGGCUGAUGCAUCACUUGGACCUCAUGAAAAUCCUGCAGUUGUCACAAUGGUCCAAAACCCAAAAUACUAUCUACCUCAACAAUCUGUUGAAUCUUCACUGAAAGGGUAUGAGAACAGUAGUCAUUAUCCUGUGGACAGAGAGGGGGAUGCUAGGUGUGCUGUAGUAGAAGAAGCUAAAAAGCCCAAUCACACUGAAAAGUCUGGACAAAAGAAAAACUUUGAGAGCAGCUCUGAGGAAUAUGAAACUAGGUAUGGUCAACAGGAGUAUAUAAAGGGCUGUGUUCUUACCGCUGAAAGCAGAUCUGCUCAAAAAGAUUUUAGGUGGGGGAAAGAUGAGAGCAGCAAGAUUUCUCCUCAGAAGACCCCAAUGUUGCACUCUUUAGCUCAGGAAGGGAAAAAACAGUCUGACAACAGCCCAGAAGCGGUAACAGAGCGACAGGCCCCAUUUGACACUCACUUGUCUAAACAGGCACGAAGGAGUGAUCGUUUUGCAACAACCCUGAGAAAUGAGAUCCAAAUGAGAAGAGCAAAGCUGCAGAAAAGUAGAAGCACUGCUACAUUAUUAGGGUCAUCUGAAACAGAGGAGUGCAAUGAGACCUGGAAGCCAGAUUCAAUGGAAAAUGUCAUCAUCUCUCCAGACACUAACUUUACCAGCACCUACAAAGAUCACCUCAAGGAAGCACAGGCCAGGGUUCUGAGGGCGACAUCCUUCAAACGGCGGGACUUGGAGCCCAGCUCCACUGAAUAUCACCCCAGGUCACCCGAGCAGAAAACUGGUAGUUAUAACUCUUCGUUAUUGGCUUUGGUUUCUGAAGAUGCGUCUGGAUUCCUUGAGGCUACACAAGCUAAACCGAACCCUACAGGGAGUGGCACUCAUCACGUUUCUCGCAUUGGAGCCAGGAAGAGGUUCACAACAGAGCAAAAACUGAAGUCUUACUCUGAACCGGAGAAGAUGAAUGAGGUGGGGAUGUCGGAGGAUGAGUGCCGAGCUCAUUGCUGUCCAAAUACAUCUGAAGAAGCCCUGGGCUCAUUUGCAGACAGGUGGAAAUUUUUUGAAGAAACAAGUAAGCCUGCCUAUAGGAAAUUGGCACAGAAACCAGCUCCCCACAGUCUAGCUGAGGGACAGACUGAGAGGCCGGAUAAGAAAGCUCACAGUGGACAAGAGGGAGAGGAGUCAUGGUAUGAGAGAAGGGGUCGGGCAGCCUCUGCUGGACUUGAAACUGCACAUGCUUCAAAAGAUAACAUCCACCACAGUAGCAGCAAUAAGGCUGCUGAUAGGAUUGUGAAAUCUGAGCAGCCGCAGCGCCUAGGAACCUUUGCAGAGUAUCAGGCAUCAUGGAAGGAGCAGCGGAAGCCAGUAGAGCCAAGGAGCUCAGGAAGGUACCAUUCAGCCGAUAAUAUCCUUGAUGCAGGCCAUGAACAGCAUGAGAAACACCAGUACACUCAUGAGAGGUCUAGAUCAUCCCCUUCUACUGACUUCUACAAACAGGAAGUCUCAGUUGAAGUAAGGAGGCAAGCAGAGGAUUUGAAGGAAGAUGGGGAGCGUGUUUUCUCUAAAGUUAACAAUCUGGGUGAAAGGAACUGCACUGUAAG